AGGGUAUAAGCGUAGAAGAAGUCGCCAUGGAAGAUAUCCCUGAUACAAAUCCAAGAGAAAAGGCGAGUUUCUUCUCGCUGAUAACUUUCUCUUGGUUGAAUGAUAUUCUCAAGCUCGGUAGUAAACAACCCCUGGACGAAAGCUUGUUAUUCCCGGCAGGAACUUCUAAUAAAGCAGAAAGACUAGUGACUGAACUGGAACGAGAAUGGCUUGCGGAGCAAAGAGCAACUGCACACCAAGGAACGAAGCCUCGCUUGUGGAGGGCCAUGAUGAGAACCAUUUCCCGCCGAGAUUACAUCAUUUUGGCAUUCCUGAGGCUUUGUUACACGCUGACAUUCCAUGCACUACCUCUGUUGAUAUGGUACUUCUUGAGAAGUAUUUCCACAGGAUCAGGAAUCAGUUACAAGACAUCUUUCCCCUUUGUCAUUGGUAUUUCUCUGCUCACCAUUAUGAGAACGGUUGUGGUGGGCCAGGCCGUAUUUAAGACGGAGGUUUUAGCAAUAAGACUUAAAGUUGCCGUGAUAGGACUCGUGUAUAAGAAGAUUCUCAACAGUCAGAGAUGCACCCUAGAAGACUCAAUUUCCGAGAACACUAUCAAUCUUGUUUCCAACGAUGCUCAAACUAUUGAGGAGCUGGGUUACAUCUUGUAUACAUUUUCAUUUGCCCUUUUAGACCUCAUUACCUCCUUGGCUAUGGUAUGGUACUUAGUGGCCUGGCAAGCGUUAUUGGGAGUUUCCUUUUUUCUUGUUGUCAUCGCUUACGGAUCAUUGAUAGCUCGUAAAGCUGGGGAAAUACGCCACCGAUCUGCUGCAGUAACUGACGAGAGGCUGAAAACAAUGAAAGAGAUCAUUUCUGGUCUCCGUGUGGUGAAAAUGUACGCCUGGGAAUGGAACUUCAGAGAUCUAGUUGCACAAAUUAGAAGGAAAGAGAUCUCUCUGGUUCGUAUACGAGGAUUCUUCAUCUCCAGUACCUACGCACUGUACUUCACCAGCUCCACGAUUGCAGGUUUUAUUUCAGUCGUGACGCUGCUCCUUACAGGGAAUCUACUGACCUCAUUCAAGGCUUUUACACUGCUGUCCGUGCUAGGUAACACUAAAAUGGUGGUGACGAUAUUCCUUGUCUAUUCAGUGCGCUUCAUUGCCGACGCAAGGACGGCAUGCAGCAGAAUGCAAAGGUUACUGGAGAUAAACUCCACGUCAAAGAUGCAAAGGGAUCACAAAGAUAAAAUAAUGUUCUUUAAAAACCAAAGAAAGCGAUCAGAUUUUGUCAGAAUUGAUAGCUUUAAAAAUGAAAAACCGGUCUUAGUUGGUGCUCGAAAGCUUGAACCGAUAACCGACAACCAUCUGCCAAAGGUUACCCUGGAAAAAGUUUCGUGUUCUUGGAGCAAAACGUCGGAACUUCCUUCGUUGCAAAAUGUCUCGUUAGAAGUUGCUGAUGGGCAGCUUAUGGGCUUGACAGGGCCAGUUGGAAGCGGAAAAACAACUUUACUACUUAGUAUUCUGGGCGAACUUCCCGUAUCAUCUGGUCGUGUUUCUUGUAUUGGAAAAAUAGCUUUCGUAUCCCAAAUUCCUUGGGUUUAUUCGGGCACAGUGCGAGAAAAUAUUGUCUUUGGGAGACGGUUUGUUGCAGAAAAGUUCAAUGAAGUUGUCAUGGUCUGUGACCUAGAGAAAGAUAUUAAACGUUUUCCAAAAGGCGAUCUAACGGAAAUUGGCCAACGCGGAGUCAUCCUGAGCGGUGGUCAGCGUGCUCGAGUCAGUCUAGCACGGGCAAUUUACAGUGAUGCGGACAUUUACUUAUUGGAUGAUCCACUCAGCGCAGUAGAUGCCAAAGUCGGCAAACAUCUAUUCGAAAGGUGUAUCAAGGAGUUUCUAAGCGGAAGAAUACGUAUUCUGGCUACUCAUCAGUUACAGUUCCUGAAAAGGACUGACAGCAUUGUGGUGCUUGAGAACGGUUCCGUUGUGGGUAAAGGUACAUAUGGUCAGGUAUUUCAACACGUUAUCAUCGAUGGCAUAGAUAUCACGCAUCUCAAUCUACAGGCAGCUCGCAGAUCUAUGGCCGUUAUUACUCAAGAUCCUGUCCUCUUUAGCGGCAGCCUCAGAAAGAACUUAGAUCCUUUCUCUUUAUACCAAGAUCAUGACCUGUGGAGAGCUUUGGAAGAUGUUCAGUUAAAAAGCCUGGUACAGCAAUUGCCUGCACAGCUGGAGUACAAGUCGAAAGAGUCUGGGAACAACUUCAGUGUCGGCGAGCGCCAAUUGGUGUGUUUAGCGCGUGCGCUGUUACAGAAAAGUAAGAUCAUCAUUCUGGAUGAAGCCACUGCUAAUGUUGACUUCAAGACAGACAGACUCAUUCAAGACGUUAUACGCAACAGGUUUAAAGACUCCACAGUAAUAACCAUCGCCCAUCGCUUGAAUACCAUUACGGAUUAUGAUAGAAUGGUGGUUAUGGAUGAGGGACGAGUGGUGGAGUUUGACAGACCUGACGUGUUGCUACAAAAUAAGGAAGGGUUCUUUGCUCGUCUUGUGCAUAUGCAAAAUGUAAUGGCGGCACAUUGAGGUUGGCUUUCGUCGACGACAGAAUCACAAUUAUAUUUGCAUUACAGUAUCCAUGGGUAUCAGUUUCCUUUUCCGCCUUCGUGCACUUUUUAUUCGACUCGAUGUAGGAUAGUUCUGCGUUCUUCAUAGUAUGGAAAAAUUCUCCUUUGAUAGUAGGUCACCAUCUAUAAAUAGGGAGAAUACUCCCUCCUCUCAUUGUAAGAAGCGCAAUUUUUCGUUGAAUAGAAUAGAGUUCGUUUAAUUUACAAUUUUAUUACAUCGGUUUUCUCGAUACUUUGAGAACCCCUUACAUAAAUCGUUUUCUCAGGCGAGUUUUGUAGCGUCUAAAAAGAGAUUGGAAUAUAUAUUGGACUAUUCGUUCAUUUUAUUGGCAUAUAUAGCUAGGUUUAAUAGUGCAAAUACAGAGGGCAAUUAACAAACAUUUCCCCUUUGAAAUUUUUUUUUAAAGCUCAUAAUAGAAAGUGAAAUUAAUUCAUUACUGUGGAAGGACUUGAGAUAUCCCUUUCUAACAUAUUUGACUAAAGUGUAAUCAAAUUCGAGGUACUGCCGUUUUGAAAAACAUGUAGAGUAUGAUCUGGGGCACAGAUAAAGGAGAGCCAUUAGUAACA